UAGCGCAGUGGUUUCCUCGUUUGACAGCGAGGGCUUGUUUUCACAGCACAAACCAAGGAAGAAAAUUUCAGCCCGACCAGACAAAUGCAGCAACGAGAAUUACCCGAAGCUUCAUGUAGCUGAAAGGAAAACAACUUUAUACGGCGUGUGUGUGUGUGCGCCGCCAGUGUAACGUUCGGCAAGUGUGUAUUGAUUGAACUGCAGAUGGAUGUUGGUGCCUUCCACUCAAGUGUGCCUGGAUUUGUUGUUGUUAGCUGCUAAUGCUAACCAUAGAAGUUGCGAGCUAGUUAGCCUAGCAAGCCAAUGGUUAACCAGCGAGUGUAACGUUAGGUAAAUAAACGCCUGUCUUUUAUUUUAAUUUUAUUUGUUUAAAUGCUGGCUGAAAAGCAGUUCAGCCUCUUGUAGCUAAUGGAUCCAACCAACGUUAGCUCCAGUGCUUCAACAAAUGCAGCUUUAGCCAAGCUUUUGAAGUACAAGCUGCACUAACAGUUAAACGAGCUCGCCAGCUAGCCACUAUUCCUGGAAGAAUGAGUAGAAAACAUCAUCAUUUUAAAGGAGCCGAAGUAAGCUGCUGUGUGAAAUACUUCUUGUUCGGAUUCAACAUUAUAUUUUGGUUACUUGGAGCAGCAUUCCUGGGUAUAGGCCUGUGGGCAUGGGCGGAGAAGGGUGUGCUGUCCAAUCUGUCGUCCAUCACAGAUCUGGGAGGCUUUGACCCUGUGUGGCUCUUCAUCGUGGUGGGAGGGGUUAUGUUUAUCCUGGGCUUUGCUGGCUGUAUUGGAGCACUCAGAGAGAACACCUUUCUGCUCAAAUUUUUCUCCGUGUUCCUGGGUUUGAUUUUCUUCCUGGAGCUGACUGCAGGGAUCCUUGCCUUUGUCUUUAAGGACUGGAUCAAAGACCAGCUUAAUUUCUUCAUCAACAAUAAUGUCAAGGCCUACCGUGAUGACAUUGACCUGCAGAACCUCAUUGACUUUGCCCAGGAAUAUUGGUCAUGCUGUGGAGCUCAUGGGCCCAAUGACUGGAACCUGAACAUCUAUUUCAACUGCACCGACCAGAACCCCAGUAGGGAGCGCUGUGGAGUGCCCUUCUCCUGCUGCGUCAAAGAUCCUGCUGAGGACGUCAUCAACACACAGUGUGGAUAUGAUGUCCGAACUAAAGGGGACUUGGAUCAGCAGAAGUAUAUCUACACCAAGGGCUGUGUAGGACAGUUUGAGAAGUGGCUUCAGGAUAACCUGAUUGUUGUAGCUGGAAUCUUUGUUGGUAUUGCACUUUUACAGAUUUUUGGGAUCUGCCUUGCUCAGAACCUCGUGAGUGAUGUCAAAGCUGUCAAAGCCAACUGGUGACGCCUGCUGUCACCGGAGAGGUGACUGGAGGGAGCUCCUCCCCUUAAACCCUCUGCAGGACAAGCCAGCACACUGCAACAACAACUCCCACCCAACUCAAGACUGAGAACUGAGAACAUGAGUCUCUGCCUACUUUGCCACUGAGCUGAGCAACAUAUGCACACACGCACACACCUGCAUUUCUGCACACACGCAUGCAGACACACAAAAACAGAGUUUACUUUCCUGUUUAUCAGUGACGCUUGCAGGGAGAAAAAAAAAAUUCCACUCAAACCAAACAGUCAACACAGCUACUUUGUUUACCACUCAUCUGGGAAUUUACCCAGAUACACAGGGGACUGUCUGUCUACUUCAGAAUUGAAUUCUUUAUGUUUUUCUCUGAUUUUGGUCUUCGGAUGAGUGUAUUUAUGGUGAUGCUGUUGCACAAGGACUCCUGUCAACUGGGAGAGUGGAAACUUCGGAUGAAAGUAAGAAAGAGAGAAUGAAAAACAGAGGCAUAGAAGAGGUUAACUCCUCUUUUACAGGUCACAUAUCCCAUCGUCACAUAGCCUCAGUCCACCCAGCAAGGAUUUUAAUGUUGAAGAAAAUGCCUUUAAGGUCUCUUUUUACAUGCCCAUCCACUUGUCCCUACUUCUUGCUGCAGAGAACUGAAGACAGGCCAAUUAACACAGAUUCCUAUACAUGCUGUUUUCGCCAUCAUAUCUGUUUAGGACAACUAAAAAACUGAACACUGGCUGGUCAAGUGGGUGACUCAUCAUUUCUGGAGAAAAAAUGAAAUUCCAUCUCAAAAUGUAAAAAGUGCCAUUAAUUUUCAGUGAUUUUUUUUUCGUAUUAUUUUUUUUUCUUUUCUUUUCUAUUGUUGAUGUGGAAUUUCUGCACCCUGUUCUGGAGUACCUCAGGUUCUGGCCAACAAUAUAUGUUACUGAACAGCCUGCUUUCUGCCACCAGUUAAGAGCAAACCUAUUUCCCCCAUGUCUAUUAAAUAUGGGUAGACAUAACUGAUGAAGAUAAAGACUGAGAAUUCCUCGAAAGACACCCUAUUUGCGCUGUGGUGGCUGUGCUGUCUGUGCUGUCUGUUGCAUUACUGAAGGUUAUUGUAUUAUCUGGAGUGGCCUGGUUAAGAUAAUAGGUCUUCACUAUGCCUGGAAAAAUGGUUUGAUGGUAGAUUGUUGUUUAUCUUUGAGCAUCCCUGAAGCACUUGGGAUUGCUGGUUUGGGGCCUUCUCUCUUGAUCUUUGUUACCACAAUAUUCCUAUGGUUUUAUGCUUUUAUUUUCUCCACUGUGUGUGCAAACAAGAGAACAAGCCAGUUAUUAAAGACUUUAUCCCUUUUCCCCUGUUCCUAUGUAGACAUCUGAGGCAUUUUUAAUGUUGGUUUGUUAUUUCACUGUACUGGGCACCUGAUUAUCCGCUGAUUCUUCAGCUAACUGAGAAAUGGUUUGUCAUUGUUUGUCUUGUUAGCAGUCAUAAUGGAACACAAUAAUGCCAGCUUGCCACAAGUUACAUUUUUGUCUUGCUGCUGCUCUUUGGUUUCUAUUAGGAAUGUCAACAAUGCAAACAAAUCAUUUCUCAGUUAACCUUAAUGUGAAUUUAAAUCCUGUGUCCCAUUAAUUGGGAGGUUCCAGUUUAAAUGAAACAGCAAACAAGAUUAAAAAUGUCACAAUAUUGCUUUUAUCUUUUCUCCAGUGUUGUGUCUGAAAGUUUCUGUUUUAUUUGGGCUGGUUUUUAAAUAGAAUAGUAAAUACAUGCUGUUACCUUUUUUGUUAUUAGCAACAAUCUCAAUAUGACAUGAAUGCUGCUUUAACUUUAAUUAGAUUAUUGAAAUUUAGUACAGUCACCAAGCUAACAAUGCUUAUGUUAUAGCUUAUAAGGAAAAUGCCAUAUAGUUUUCAUUACCAUUCAUAAAAGCAGGCCGGGGCAUCAUUCUGCCUACAAAUUUACACUCUGUGCACCCCAACUUUUUUUCCCCUUUGGUGUUCAUUAGCAAAAAUGCACUCGGCUCAGUUGAGUUGCACAUUUACAUUGAAUCAGGGGAAGAACUGUAGCCCUUGCCCCUCUUGACAUUGUGCACAAUCAGACUCUCAAAAUUAUGUUUGUAGUUCAACCAGAUGGAAUGACUGGGUCAGUUUGAUCAUUUUUACAUGACUGUCUGCAGUUAAUCACUGACGUUGUUCCUGGUUGUAGCAGUAUCUCAUGUAGAUACACACAGGACCGCACAUCUGGGGGGUAUUUCAGAAGGCAGGUUUACUGACUACCACAAGUUCAAUAUCAGAGACCUGGGGUUUUCAGUUCUAAGAGGCAACAUUAGAUUAUCUCGUGGUCAUUAAUGGAAACUUGCACUCUGAAAUGAAUCUUCUUGGUAGCAGGUUUACUCGAAUUAAACUUGAAUUAUUUGUCAACAUGUUGAGCCUGCAACAUUUUUACCUGCUGCAGUUGACAUAAAAUGAUUGAGCAUUCCUUAACAACCAUGUAGACCAACGUUUUUGUCCUCUUGUGCAUUGAACAUAGUUUUAAUUGUGUUUAUCGUGGCACUUUUUUCAUUCCUGCACAAGCGCACCAAAAAAAAAAAAAACACAAAUCCAAGUAUGGUUUACACGGCCCAAUAAUGGGUUUUCUCCAGGAGAAAUCUAGCUGGGUUAACCUGAUAACUCUUCAUCUGUUACCCUGAUUAUGCAAGCCAGCUUUUUUUGUUUACAUGGCAUUUAAGAGAUCAGAUAACUGCCCAUACAUGGCGAAUAACCUGAGUACCUAAGUGCAUGUGAAUCCUUUUAUUUGCGCUCCACUAAUGCUUUUUUUUAGUUCACCAUGAACACGCCUCAGUGAGCUUCAUCCAACUAAAGUUGAUUGAACUCUCUGUAAUCAGCUGUUCUGAAACAGAAAACUCAGGGUAUGUCAUGUCCUGUUUGUUCAAUUCAGAGUUCAGGGUUACAUUCAAGGUUUGUUAAACCACCUUCCUGGAAAUACCCACCACCCCCCCACCCCACCCCCCACUGUCCAUUCAUACCCUCUGCAGACAAAAACAUGUUUUGAAUUGAAGACUGGUCGCUUUACUAUCCAAUGAACAGCACACCACAAUUGGCCCGCUCCAUCGACUGUAUCUGUGUUAGGUUGAAAUAUAGUCCCAUGGAUAUUUCUGUGCUGCUUCCACAUCAUCCAUCUGGAUCUCUCUGGUGUGCCUGUCAGUCUGUCUUGCCUGUGUGUGUGUGUGUGUGUGUGUGUGUGCGUGUGUGUGCUGGGAGGUGGGGGCGGCUGUUCUGACUACGUAGGUAGGACUUAUAGCCACCACUGUAGCCCUUCUUUUUCAACAAAGACAUGUAGCUGAUAAUAGCCUCUGAUGAUCACCUGCUGCACAUGUCACAUUUUGCCAUGGCUCGCCCACUCAGACUUCAAAACAGCAUCUCAUUUGCACCCAUUUCCAAGCUUGUCAUUCUGAUUGCUUCCAAUGUCAGCAUCGCACUUAAUCCACGCCACAUUUGUGUUUCUGCAAAAUGUGUUUUAUACAAGGAUCCCAUGGCUGCGACAGACUAAAAGGCGACUGACGGGCCAUGUGUAUAAUAUGCAGUAUGGCAGCGUAUAUUUUCCUUGCAACACUGAUUCACCGAAGAAAUGUUUUUAUCAUGAAAUCUUCAGUGAGCCUGUUUAAAAAAAGAAAAGGAAAAACAGGACAAAACAUUUAUUUUCAUUCAGGCAUGCACUGUGAAUGCACACGUAGAAUAAAUCCAUUGCAUGCAACACCUACAGCACAACACAUCUGCAACAGAAUAAUGGAGCAGUAAUUGAUUAUCUCAUUUGAAGAAAAUAAGUUUCCAUAGAAGUUCAUUUAUUUCAGUGCUUUUUGUGUGAACAGUGGGUAAGGGCAUAUCCCGCCUCACCAUCCUCUGAGAAUAGAUGUGUUUUACUGAAAUACAACGGAAAAUUUAAACUAAAUGAAAGACAAAGCUCUUCUAAAUUCGUACAUAAUAUUAGCCAGCUGUUCAGUAUCACAAUGUUCUGGGUCAAAUGUGAGAAUAAAUAUGAAAACAAUUGAUGUGAUUAUUAUUCGCCCUGAUAAUUCUAAAUUGAUGCAGGACUCUUUGAUUUCAGUCACUGUUUUGAAUCAGUCUGUCUCAGCCAAUUUCAUAAAAUCAGGUCGAAACCGGUGUUUUUAUUACAAAUUUUUAGUUGUUACGUAACCUUUUUAAAAGUUGGUUGGAACAAUUUGUGAUUGAUUAGUUCAACAAAUAUUUGUAGCUUGUUUGUUUUUUCAAACUGCCCUUAAGUGGAAGAGUUUGCUCAGGGUUUGAACCAUUCCAUCCCUCCCCCCACCUCUACCCCCCCUUUAAUUUCUGCAUGGAAGAUGAUUUUUUGUCGUGCAUGAUAAAAUGGAGGGCUGCCUUUUAAGUGGUUAUGAGGAUCUAGCCGAAGGCACAUGGAAGCCAGGGGUGUCUGUUUUGUGUAAAGUUACUGCUGCAGUACAGAGCUGAGGUCUUAAACAAAAAGCACUCCUGUUCACUGUGCAGCGACUGUCUUUUCUGGCUGCCUGGAGAUCACAAUAUCCAGACAGUCACCUUGGUAAUAAGGACAAAAAUGCCGUACGAGCCAGCAGUGAGACAGGACUUGAAUAUGCAGACUCUACAAAGGUUACUUACUAGAAUGUGACGUUUAUUUUUACACCUUUUGGUAAAUUUGGUAUUAUAUUCAUUUUGUGUAGGGGAGAGGGGCAAGAGACCAGGUUGCUAAUUAUAUUUUGUCCUUUAUCAUAAUGGCCUUUCAACAUGAAAUGCCCCUUUAAUUUCUCUCCUUCCCCUGUGGGCAGUGAAAUCAUUCCGAAGGAGGAGCCUUAUGCAUAUCAUGAAUGUAUAAGUCUGUAUCAUUAUGGACCUAUUCCUCCAUCCCUUCUUAAUAAUCCUACCUACCCCCUUAUGCAGCGCAAUGCACAGCAGAUGUGAAAUUUAGGAAUGUGAAUAAAGCGAUGUCUGUUGGAUAUAAUUAUAGUGGUUUUACAUAAACGUGUAAGAAAAAUAUUUUUUGUGAGCAUGAAAAGCAGAUUACCAUUCCAUUGUGUCCUCUCUUUUUUUUUUUUCCCCCUCUGCCGGGUGUGUGUGUAUGAGUGUGCAGGCCUACAUGUAUGUUUAUAUAUGAUCACAAAGCAUAUUUAUCAUCAGAAACAAGCAGUCAGACAAAGGCUUGUUUUUCAUCUCUCUUCCGCAACUGUAAACAUAUCACUUCUUUCCUAAGGGGUUUUUUGGGAAUCAAUUACAGACACAACGCCUCCAUCGUUUCUUGUGAUUCUCAACAUAUGCAUCCAAGAAUGAUGUGUGUCAUACAGGUUGACUGAACUUUUUUUUUUUUUCUAAUUUCUUGUUCAUAUAAUCAAGAGUGAUGCUUGGUAAUGACAUUGAUAACUUGUUGUGUGCUAUGAAAAUGCAUUUAAGUUCAAGUCUAGAAAUCUGUUCCAAAAAAAUUCAGGCAUUUGUGUUUACAUUCCCCACAAAGAUGAGCAGUGCGUAUACGACAUUCCCAAGUCUACCUCAUUGUGUGCAGACAUUGUUCACGUCAGAGCUGGUGUAAGCCACAGAGAAAUCACCACAGCUGACUUGUUUGUAAGCAACAAACUACAAUAGAUUUUGACAUUAUUUCCACACCAGGUCGUGAUUUUUGUUGAUCAAGUCGUAAGUCAGAUAUGAUUGAAACAAAGAUUUUUUUUUUUCCUUUGUUAGCUGAUGAGGUUUACUGUUAAGACAACUGACAAUGAAUUAACGGCAUUGCUGACAAAGGAGGUGCUUAACCAAUAGGUUGCCCAUUCAGGAGCCACUCUAAACAUCCCUGUGUAAAAUUAGACAACAGUUCAACGUUUUGCUCUUUUCAACUCUGUCGUUUCUCAGUUGCAGCAGAAUGUAAGACACAACGCCGUACCAUCCAUCUAUUCUCUUGUUUUUAAUUUAGACCUGCCUAUUUUGAAGGGUAGUUUUGUGAAGAAAUGUUGAAAAUGAGUGAGAUAACUGUGGGACAUGGUCUGUUACACUGUAUAUUGUGUUAAAAUUUGCCUCUUUCAUAUAUUAAAGGAUUUAUGAAAAA